AUGGGCUUUGUCGGGCCAGAGGCGGUUCAGGCCAAGUACUCCGAGAUCUCCAACGAAACCACGCCUUCCAUCACGAGGCGCGCGGGCACGAACCUGUCAAAGGCAUCGUCGCAACAGCGAUCUCCGUCACACAAGCGGAGCUCGACCAACGAGGUGGCGAUUUGUGCUUUCUUUGCAGACUUGCUUCUUGCGCUGGCGCUGUUUCUGCCCUCUUGUCGGCUCGUUGUUAGAUUGAGGUUCUUCGCAGUUGCUGGGAACUUGGCCAGGAUAGCCGGAGUUCGGGCCAUCGGAAGACCACGGAUGACGAUGGCCGCCUGGCAGAAGCAAGUCGAACCUGCGGAGCGGCAGCAGGCCUCGGACGUAGCUGCGGUAGCAAGCAAGAUAGCUGCGGUAGAGAUGUCCACCCCCGAAGAGAUGUCCACCCCCGAGAAGGCCGCCGACGGCGUACUCCCGACGACGAACAAGCACGAGGGCUCGUGGAAGAAGUACGAGACUUACUACUGCGAGGUGGACCCGAAACAGGGCGACCGCGCAACCGAGAUCAAGCUGCUCUCCUGCAAGCGGCCGCACAUGCGCGGCUUCCACUUCGCGUGGUUCGGCUUCUUCAUCGCCUUCGCGUCGUGGUUCGCGUUCGCGCCGCUGAUGCCGCAGAUCAAGAAGGACCUGGGCCUGACCAAGGACGAGAUGUACAACGCGAACAUCGCAUCUGUGGCGUCGACCGUGCUCAUGCGCUUCGCUGUAGGCCCUCUGUGCGACAGGUUCGGCACCCGCACCAUGUUCUCCAUGCUGCUGACGUUCGGAGCUAUCCCGGUCUUCUUCGGUGGUCUCGUGAACAACGCUACUGGCCUGGUCAUCAUCCGCUUUGUCAUCGGUGUCCUGGGCGCGACCUUUGUGCCAUGCCAGGCGUGGUGCUCGCAGCUGUUCGCGAAGGAGAUUGUGGGCACGGCCAACGCCAUGGCUGGUGGCUGGGGCAACCUUGGAGGCGGUGCUGUUCAGCUGCUCAUGGUCGGCGUGUGGAACAUGUUCCGCACUGGCUUUGACGACGAGGAGGCCUGGCGCCUUUCUUUCAUCGUCCCCGGAGUUUUGACAUGCGGUACCGGCAUUUGCAUGUACUUCUUUUCGGACGACUCGCCGAAGGGCAACUUCAAGGAACUGGAGCAGAGGGGCACAAUGGAGCGCAAGUCGUCCAAGAAGUCGUUCCAGGAGGGUUUCUGCCAGUACAACGCCUGGAUUCUAUUCAUCCAGUACGCGGCCUGCUUCGGCGUUGAGGUCACCAUGAACAACAUCCUCGCUGUGUACCUGGAGACCAAGUAUGAGCUGUCGGUCUCCCUUGCGGGUCUCAUCGCCUCCCUGUUCGGCCUCAUGAACCUCUUCGCUCGCGCUAUGGGCGGCGCUCUAUCUGACAAGCUGUUCCAGUUGUUCGGCGCGGGCACCACCGGCAUGCGCGGGCGCAUCUAUGCGCAGUCUAUCUCUCUGGUCUGGGAAGGCAUCAUGCUCCUGAUCUUCACCAAGAUGGACUCUCUGGGCGCGACUAUCGGCGUCCUGCUGCUCUUCUCGCUCGGUGUUCAGAUGGCGGAGGGCUGCACUUUCGGAAUCGUACCCUACGUGAAGCCCGCCGCAACUGGCUCCGUGUCCGGAGUGGUGGGCGCUGGGGGCAACGUCGGCGCUGUGUGCUGGGGCCUCAUGUUCCGUUUUGGCCCAUCGGAGGCCGACGAUGUCCUGUUCAUCCUUGGGUUUAUCGUGAUCGCAUCGGCCGUCAUGGGUCUCUUCGUGCUCAUCCAGGGCCACGACGGGUGCAUCACCAAAGCCAAGGGCGAGCCGGAGUCCCUUGACGUGAUCUGA